AUGGCUUCAAUCCUACCCCACCACCACCCCUCCACGGCGGCGCACCACCAAAAUCUUGAACCCGGGGGCACAAAACCCCCGGCGGACCCACUCCUUCCGACCGAAUUCACCAUCGCUACAGGUCCAGACACGCAGCCGCCCCCGCAGACGGCACUGGCGGUGGCGCUAGCCGCGGGUCCGCCGUUGAAGGGGUCCAGCAAGGACCGGCACACGAAGGUGGAGGGGCGCAGCCGCCGGAUCCGGAUGCCGGCGGCGUGCGCGGCCCGCAUAUUCCAACUGACGCGCGAGCUCGGCCACAGGUCCGACGGCGACACCAUUCGAUGGCUGCUCGAGCGGGCCGAGCCGGCCAUCAUCGAGGCCACCGGCACGGGAACCGUGCCCGCCAUCGCUGUCUCUGUGAACGGUGCGCUGAAGAUCCCGACGAUUCCCUCCACCGCCGGUUCGCCGGAAACCUCAAACAAGCGCAGGAGGAGGGCUUCCAACAGCGAGUUUUACGACGUCGAAGACGCAUCGAGCUUCGCUCCGGUAUCGCCCGUUGCGCCGCAGGGUCUGGUUCCAGUUUUCGCCGCCGGUGCUUUCUUCAUGAUCCCACCUUCCGGCGGGGCCUCCGCCGCUGGCCCGUCGAGCCACCCUCCGUUCUGGACCAUACCGGCCACGGCGACGCCGGUAUUCAACGUCGCAGGGCGGCCCAUGUCGAAAUUUGUCUCCUUUGGGGACUCCCCUGGUGGCGGCUCCAGCGUCUCCGGCGGCGAGGAUGAAGCGGGUGCCAACAGCAGUUGUGGUAGUGACGGCAACAAAGGUGCAACUGAUACAGCGCCCGGUACAGGUAGUGGGGCGAGUACUACUGCAGUAGUGACGGGUACAACGCUGAAGAACUUCUCCCCGGAGGUCUACGAAAGGAGAGAGCUUCAGUUUAUGGUGGGCCCCGCUGCAGGGAAUCACGACCAGACCCCAUCCCCAAAAUCUUGA